AUGUUACAACCAUUAAAACAUAUUCUUCAACAAAAACAUAUUAUAUUAGCUAGUAGUUCACCACAACGUAAACAAUUACUUCAAUCGAUUGGCUUAAAUUUUGAUAUAAUUAUUUCUGAUUUUGCUGAAGAUCUUGAUCGCACAUCAUAUAAAGAAAAUCUUUCUCAAUAUGUUAUUGAUACAGCUGAACAUAAAUGUCGUCAUGUCUAUCAACAAAUUAAAUUAAAUGAGAAUGAGAAAAAUAAUUUAAUUAUUAUAGGUGCUGAUACAAUGUGCUCAUUAAAUAAUGUUGUCUAUGGAAAACCAUGUGAUAAAGAAGAUGCUUUUCGUAUGCUAAAAACAUUCUCUAAUAAUACACAUCAAGUUUGUACUGGUGUUUGUCUUCUACAAGGAGAUAUGAUAAUAAAGACAUUUUCUGAAACUACUGAUGUUACAUUUGGUUCAAUUGAUGAUGAAACUAUUCGAGCCUAUGUUGAAACAGGUGAACCAAUGAAUAAAGCAGGAGCUUAUGGUAUACAAUCUUUAGGCGCAACAUUGGUUAAGAAAAUAGAUGGUGACUAUUUUAAUGUAGUUGGUUUUCCAAUUUAUCAUUUUUGUACACAAUUGAAGGCGUUACUGAAUAAUGAAAUCAAAUAA